AUGAAGGUGUCUUUGCCAUCCGUCAUUGCCAUCCUGGGUCUGGCUACCGCCCUGCCCCAGAAUGACCCGUCCACCGACGGUAUAUCCAAAGAGCUAGAGGCCGAAAUGCGAAAUGCCCUCCAGGAGCUAGAGGAAACUAACAGGAAGAGCCUCCCGGGAACCAUACAGGGCAUAGCCGAAGGACUUGGAUGGCAGGUUGGUGGUAACCUAAUUGGUAGCCUACCUCCAGGGAUUUCGCACGGUGCCACUUUUCUGUCUCUUCUUGCGAAUUCCGACUAUAGCGUUACGCCAGAAAACGGGAAGCAGUGGGUGAAGAACAUGGGUGCCAUCUCCCUUGCGUUUCUCCCCAAGGUCGGCCCGCUCGGCGGCCUGCCCGGCUUCAUUGGCCUGAUACAGACGAUUGCAGUUGGUCUCGAGACGGCCCAGUUCCCAGAGCUGGCGGCCAAGAGAGAAGCAGAGGCCAAGUGCUUUGCUAGCAACGACGUCGCAACAUACAAGGAUCUCUGUCAGUUCUGCAAGCCGCACCUCACCAUCUCGCUGCUCGGGAAACUACACGGAUGCACCGACGAGCAUGUGGCAGACCGCGACCCCCAUGUAGACCACGUCAGGGCACAGGGCUUCUGCGCCGACUCCGUCCUCUGCUCCGGCUACAACGAUGGAGGGUCGGAAAAGAUCAUCACGCAGGCCUUCCGCUACGAUCCCCUGCGGUCAUUCUGGUGCAAGGAAAAGGAUGAACAGAUUGGCAUGCUUCUGAGCAGCUGGCUGAGCGAGCCGCUGCGCAACAGCCUCUACAUGCUCGACGCUGAGGACUUUCGAACUGCGCUGACACCUGCAUGUCAGGAAAUCACCAAGGACAUGAACAUUGAGGGCAAAUGCCCGACAAGAGAGGAGCUUGCGGCAGCAGACAAGCUGGCUCCCCCCAUCAGCUACUGCGCUCCCGGAAAGCAUAUCGAUGACAGCGGUACUGCCGAGCCAAAUGGCACAUUAUCCCGUGCAUGA